CAGCCUACAGUUCUAUGUAGAAUGGCUGAAGAGCAACUUUCGAUUGCAAUCUUUGGAGCCACAGGCACGCUUGGAAGUUCGAUUGUCAACGCCUUUAUAGAACCGCAUGUUCGAAAGUGUUUUGCACGCUUGACUGCCUAUUCACGAGAUGAGCACAAGCUCGAACGAUGGCGGACAGCAGCGGGAAUAUCACUACGCAGAUACUCACUUGGAAACAUUCAAGACAGCGUUGCCGACAUCGACAUCAUCAUCAACGCUGUCGAUACUUCAGACACACACUUUCACUCUGCCCUAAUCAAGGCAAUGGCCACAAUGAGAAGCACAAAAGUCUACUUCCCUUCAGAGUUCUGCAUAGAUGGUAGCACUCUCGACUUCCGCCACGGCUCCUUCGAACGUCGUAAAAGCCUCGGCCAGUUGGCUAGAAACUCUCUGCACAACACCAAAGUCUGCCAAGUAUUCCCUGGCAUCUUCUUGGAGGACGUUCUUGGCCCAUGGCUCGAGCUAAUAGAGGUCACCUCAACCACCGAGACAAGAUUCAUUUCCGUCGGAAGCCGACACACCCCGAUCUCAUGCACAUCAGUUAUUGACAUAGGACGAAGUGUUGUUCAACUCUGCCUCCUGCCUCCAUCUCAAAUUCCUGACAUCAUUCACCUCGCUGGGACCACGAAUUCAAUAGCUCAAAUGGCAGAGACGAUUGGCAGGGAACGUGGAGAUCAGAUGAAGGUCGUGGAAUUGUCGCUAUCGGACUAUAAAGCCAGCGUCCUAGUUAGCAAUCCUAGCAACGAGGCCGAAUACCUCAAGUUUGUGAUUGGAGAGGGAAAAGUAAACCAUGGCAAAGGUGGUCUAUGGAAUGGCAACGAACUUGUCAAUCCGCGGGAGAGCAGGUGGAAGUGGAAGACCUUUGAGGAAUUCGUGAAGGAAAGUGAUGGGACGCCGUGGAAGGGCAAAUGAGAAGGCAGAAGUGCUCAUGCUCAGUAAGCUGUAGACACAUCGCGAUAGAAUAAAUAUCCAACAACAAC